UGCUCUUGAGGAGAGGCAGGAUGGACCAACUGAAAAUCUCUGAAAAGGUGACCCAGAAAAGUGAAUCACAUCAGACUGAAAAGGCCUAUCGGAUCCUCAAGGCCAUCCACACUGCCCUGGCUCUCUUGGCUUUAGCCCUGGCUGCAGCCCUGACGGUUAUGACUUUUCUGCUUCUAGAUCUUCGAGGGGAAAAUGAUCAACUUGAGAAGGUCCAAGCCUCCAAUGAAGCCCUGAGAGCAGAAAACAAAAACCUCAUGCACAAAGUACCAGAGGCUUGGGUGGUCCACAAUGGAAGUCUCUACUACUUUUCUUGUAUGGACAAGUCCUGGGAAGAGGCUGAGAGGGCCUGUGUGUCACUUGGCUCCCACUUGACUUCAGUGACCUCAGUGGAAGAGCAGGAAUUUAUUCAUAAAAAAGGUAAUGGCAGCAACUACUGGAUUGGAUUGAAUAUCCUAAGGAGCUCACACUGGACAUGGACUGAUGGGACCCAUUAUAAUGAAGCCAAGAGCAAAGACUUUUGGGCACCAAAUGAACCAAACAACAAAGGAAACGAUGAACAUUGUGUCCACUUUUCAAGGAACAGACUCCAAUCAUGGAACGACAACAACUGCUCCUUAACCUUCCUGUUCAUCUGCAAAUGGGACUGCAAGUCGUCUGGGUUGUGUCCUCCAAUGUGAAGGCAAUCUCUGAGCUCUGCUGCCUCCCACCCCUGAAGAAUGGACACACAGGGCAAACGUUCUUCCAUCUACCGUCCACAGCUACUCUAUGGGCUCCAUUUUUUACUUCUCACUUAAAGCUGAGCAUUCUGGAUCUGGUGAGCUGGGCCAAGUGAUGCUCUCAGCCCAUCGGGCAGCCACAGACCCUCCUUUUCACUUCCUGAUUGCUGGAGUGAUGGCCCAGCCAUGCCAUCUACAUGCACACUUCCAUGGGACCUUCACACACAUGUGUAUACGUAUACGUAUACGUACUCUCAAGGUUUGUCUGGCUCCCCUCUCCCUGUCAAUCAAACACUGAUUAAGUUUCUACUCUAUGCCAACCUCUUUGCUUAUCACUGGGGAUGCAAAGACUGGAGGGAAGCAUGUCUGUUGCAUCCUAAGAGGAGAUGCAGAAAAACUAUGUCAAAAUACAUACUGCAUAAUUAUAAAAUGAAAUAAUAUAAUUAUCUACCAAGUCAUUGAACACAAGGUGCUUUGACAGCAAGGGUUGCAGCAGGUUGGGGAGAUAAGGAUGUUUCUAUGUAAAGAUGGUAAUCGAACCCAUGGGAGUUGAUGAGAUCUCUGAGGUUUUAAGAAGCUAGCAUAGAUAACACUGGGCUGAGAGGCAGGAGAGAGCAGGGUCUGGUCCCACCAGAGGCAGUGUGGUUUCAGCCCCAGGCUUGGCAUGAGAAAACCAGGAUUCAAAUAAGCGUCACCAAUUGACUCAGUGAUAUCAUUUUUGGAGUCACUUGGCUUCUUUGCCAUAUUUUCACAGCAUUUCUAGGAGCCCCACCCAGUGACAUCCUUAUACACCAGACUUCAUCAGAGCAGCUGUUAAGGUAUUUGGGAAUCUAGACAGAGGCUGAUUAGCCAGUCCCUGGUUUUACAAGAGGCAAUAUCAUAUGAGGGAUAAAGUGCUAAAAGUCCUUUCCCCAAAACUUGCUAACUGGGACCCUGAGCAACUCCUGUCUCAGACUCGUAUUUGCAAAUCUGUAAAAUGGGGUUAAUCAUAAUUAUAGCAAUACCUGCCACCUGUUCAGCUCUUGGUAUCUUUUUUCAGCAUG